UGCUCCGCACGCAGCGCGCGAGAACGCUGACGCUCUCGCGAAUUUGCGAAACAGUUUUCGAACGUGACUAUUUUAUUUAAAAAGCUGUCUUUUGAAAAUCGAACCGUUUUCUUCCCAUUGGAUUUAACAUUUGUGAACGAAUAGUGGCCAGUUUCAAGUAAAAGUUUUUAAAAUAAAAGUUGGAAAAGUAUAUACUAAGGUUCUUGUACCUACUUAAUUAUUACUUUGAAUCUGGAAUAUGAAGUGACUUUUUGGAUGGAAUAAAGAAAAAGAUGCUAACAUAGCAACACUGCGGUACUUACUGAUGAACACCAAAAAUGCUUCAAGAGGUGACCUGACGCCGCCCAAAUGGAAUGAACCUGCUGGCUAUGACGAAUUACACCUUAUUGGAGACAACUCUUCAGGAUUUCGCCUGCCGCCUCAUACCAGGGUUCGGGUGUUCCAACACCACCGUACGAACUGGUCUCGAUUGCGACAACUAUGGCAACACUGUCGAUUACAACUGCGAACUGAACAUUGACAUCCAAAAUGAAACGUCGUAUACUUGCCGUGCGUGUUCUAACCAAACACUGGACAGUUUUAGCAACAAUACAAUAUGCAAUCCUCACUUCAAGCUGAAUCUGGUGACAAUCAUCUUUGAGAGUGCGCUUAAAAGCCUCUGGCUCAGGCUACCUUACAAUGAUCUCUGUGAUUUCGACUCUCUAUUCUGUGCCAAUGACGGAAUCAACCGGACGUUGUACAUAGAUCUGUCUAAUAGUGUUAAUACUGAGUAUGAAAAUUUUCAGUGUAGUUGGUUUAGGAACGGUUCGGAUGAUUUCGUGAGUGAUAAAGCUAGGUAUGAUUGGAGUUUCCUCUUUGUGAUAUUGUUUAUAGUAGCUGGGGGUGUGGGGAAUAUACUGGUGUGUCUUGCUGUGUGUUUGGACAAGAGGUUGCAAAAUGUGACCAAUUAUUUUUUACUUUCGCUGGCGAUUGCUGACCUGCUAGUCAGUUUGUUCGUCAUGCCCAUGGGAGCGAUACCCGGAUUUUUAGGGUACUGGCCGCUGGGCGUGGUGUGGUGCAACGUGUACGUCACGUGUGACGUGCUCGCGUGCUCCGCCAGCAUCAUGCACAUGUGCUUCAUCAGCAUUGGCAGGUACCUGGGCAUCCGCAAUCCGUUGAAGAGUCGUCAUCAUUCCACCAAGCGCGUCGUGGCCAUCAAGAUCGCACUCGUUUGGCUUCUCAGCAUGUUCGUGUCCAGCUCCAUAACUGUUUUAGGUCUAAUCAACAAGACGAACAUAAUGCCGACUCCAGAUCUGUGCGUGAUCAACAACCGCUUUUUUUGGAUCUUCGGGUCGCUGGUGGCGUUCUACAUUCCAAUGCUGAUGAUGGUGGUGUCUUUCGCGCUGACAGUCCAGCUACUUAAGAGGCAGGCCAGGUUGGCUGCCACUCCUGUGCCGGGGGGGACUCAGAGGAGGCAAUGCGGUGGGUUCGACAAUGGACCCUUGCAAGUCCGGAGAACUGGAGCCAAGAGUUCGCCAGACCUCUCUCCCGGCACCUCUGUAGCCAGACAGCUAACCUGGAGGGUUACUAGUACUACCAGGCCUCAACGAAACAAGAUCGGUAUGAGCGGCUCCCAUCCUCAGCUCAGCUACAUGAACGGCUGCGGGACUGGUGGAGGCUCUGGGGGGUCCAAGAGGGGCAGGGAUGUGGCCACGCAGACCCCUCCGAGUAUAGCGGCCGAGACCAGAAGGGCUAGGCUGAGGCCUCUGAAACUGACACUGGCAGCGCCGAACGCUUUGACCUUGAGGUUUUUAGCCAACCGCAAGAAGGGGCGGUCUUUGUCAGCCAAUGCUGUGGCCAAUGAACAGAAGGCUACCAAGGUCCUCGGCCUGGUCUUCUUCACCUUCGUGCUGUGCUGGGCACCAUUCUUCUUGCUGAACAUAUUGUUCGCUUCGUGUCCCGCUUGUAUAGUGCCAGAACAUGUGGUGGACAUCUGUCUCUGGCUGGGCUACGUGUCCUCCACCAUCAACCCUAUCAUCUACACUGUCUUCAAUAGAACCUUCAGAGCUGCCUUCCUCAGGCUACUACGAUGCCACUGCUCCAGACGCGGGCGCUGCACUCGUUACAGAUCGGUUGGGUCGACUCGCGGAGCUUCGCAACUGUGCGCCAGAUCAGCGCUACCUCUAGCCAUCUCGCUCAGACCUUCGGCGAUGCCUACUACUUCGCCUGCAGCAGCUGACACGACAGAGACAGUGCUAAUGGAGACUCCAAUGGGAGACUAUAAUGUGAGGUACUGAGUUUGAUAAGGUUUGAUGUGUGUUACAGUAUCAUAAAGUGACGUGACUGUUUCACUAUUAUAAAGUAUUCUGUGUGUGAGUGUGAAGUGAGGAUCGUCGAUUGAUAUUAAAUAUUAAUUUUUCUUCCUUGGACUUGUCCACGGUUUACAACAAAUAGAAUCGUGCGUUACAUCUGUGUUGACCAUCUUGCUUUAACUCUUGCAGUCGUUAGGGUAAGAACACACUAAAGAUGAGUAAAUAUGAAAAUCAGCGUUCAUAAUAUUAUGAUAUCAAACUAUACGUAAGUAUAUCAAACAGUAGCUGAUCGUGCUGGUGUAUUCUUGUACUAACACCCGUAUUUUAUGAUGUUAACACGAAACUUCCUCCAUUCGGCCUCAGUCUGAGUUGAGAAUGGUAUUUUAAGUUGACACUUACAUCCUCGACUUGAGGACUUUACUCACUGGAGUUGAGCAUAUCAUAUUGCCAACAGAAUAAUACGAAAAUAAUGACGUCAUGCCUCAAGUCAAUCUCACUGAAGUAAACUCGAGAUAAGGUUGAGGCGACGUCUGAGAAUACCGAUCUUGGGCUGAGUUUGAGGUCUUCCUUAAGGUCGCUUCAACUGAGUACGGGAUCGAGGAAGGUUCGCCUUCACAUCUUAGAAUAUGAGCAUAACAAAGAGAGUUUUAUUAAAAUAUCUCAUGCAAGAGUUCAACGUGUUCAAUAUCUCAUGAAAGAGUUCAAACAGUUUAUUGUCUGAGUGACGUAAUUAGGCACAUAAUGAGGAUAUAAAUAGAAGCUCAAAUGUAGGAGAUAGCACUGUUGAGUGUUCCUAAAUUUUAAAGGUGGAUCAAAAUAAAGUGUAUCCCGUCUAAAAGAUGACUUACGAAAAAGAAAAGCCAUCAGUUGGAAAAAGGCAGUUUUGAUUGAAAAUAAGUUUUUCUAAAUUUUCUUUUUUCCGAUAAUUAGGAAAUAAAUAUAACACUAUAAUUUUGUAGUUAAACGCUGCGAAAAUGGUUAAAGUGUAAAAAUAUAUCCAAAAUAAUAAGUUUGUUUACUCAAAUAGUAUCUACAUUGUUUUUAGUUUAUACAUU